GGUACAGCAGCAGCGAGCAGGCUGGCGGGAGAGCGAAGAAGCGGGCGCUGCUCCUAAGGAAUUCCUGGAAGGAGGAGGGAGGCUGCCGGGCGCCGGUCAUGGCAGCCACCGCCGCCGGGCGAGUCCUGCUGGAGGCAGCGGGGAAGGCGUGUGCGCGGCGGGCUGCUCCUGCCUCCGGGCUCUGCUCCAGCUGCAGCUUGAAGGCAGGCGCCUAUUGCACGCUGGCCCCGCAGCAGCCCUCGGCUCCGCCUCCGGAUAUGAAGAGCUACCUGUGGACGCGCUACAACGAGGCCAAAAAAGUGACCAAAGAGCUAGUUCCUUCAAUAAUGAGUAACUUGCUGAAUCCGGAUGCAAUCUUUUCCAACAAUGAAAUGAGUCUCUCAGACAUAGAAAUCUACGGUUUUGAUUAUGACUACACGCUGGUCUUCUAUUCCAAGCAUUUACACACACUGAUCUUUAAUGCUGCUCGGGAUCUGCUGAUCAAUGAACAUCGGUAUCCUGCAGAAAUACGGAAAUACGAUUACGAUCCCAACUUUGCAAUAAGAGGGCUUCAUUAUGAUGUACACCGAGCAUUAUUGAUGAAGAUUGAUGCUUUUCAUUAUAUUCAGCUGGGAACUGUGUACAGAGGACUGAGUGUCGUCCCAGAUGAAGAAGUCAUUGCCAUGUACGAUGGAUCCCAUGUCCCCUUGGAACAAAUGAGUGACUUCUAUGGAAAGAGUUCGCAAGGUAACACCAUGAAGCAGUUCAUGGAUAUCUUCUCCUUACCUGAGAUGACCCUCCUGUCUUGCGUAAAUGAGUAUUUCCUGAAAAGCAACAUAGACUAUGAGCCUGUUCAUCUCUACAAAGAUGUGAAGGACUCAAUCAGAGAUGUCCACAUCAAAGGAAUAAUGUACCGAGCAAUUGAAGCAGAUAUUGAGAAAUACAUUUGUUAUGCUGAGCAGACGCGUGCUGUGCUUGCGAAGCUGGCAGAUCAUGGCAAGAAGAUGUUCCUCAUCACGAACAGUCCUAGCAGCUUUGUGGACAGAGGUAUGAAGUUCAUAGUCGGGAAAGACUGGCGGGAUCUCUUUGAUGUAGUCAUUGUCCAAGCUGACAAGCCCAACUUUUUCAAUGAUAAAAGGAGACCAUUUCGUAAAGUGAAUGAAAGAGGUGUGUUGCUUUGGGAUAAAAUUAAUGAACUGCAAAAAGGACAGAUUUACAAACAGGGUAACUUAUAUGAAUUUUUGAAACUGACUGGAUGGAGAGGUUCCAAAGUCUUGUAUUUUGGUGAUCACAUUUACAGCGAUUUAGCAGAUUUGACCUUAAAGCACGGUUGGCGAACCGGUGCCAUCAUUCCAGAGUUACGAACAGAGAUCAAGAUCAUGAACACACAGCAGUAUAUUCAGACCAUGACCUGGCUGCAAACUCUGACUGGAUUACUGGAACACAUGCAGGUUCACAGGGAUCCUGACUCUCAACUGAUCUUGCAAGAGUGGAAAAAGGAAAGGAAGGAAAUGAGAGAAUUGACCAGGAACUUCUUCAACUCUCAGUUUGGAAGCUUGUUUAGGACUGACCAGAACCCGACCUACUUCUUAAGACGCUUGUCUCGCUUUGCUGAUAUUUACAUGGCAUCGUUAAGCUGCCUUUUGAACUAUGACCCUGAUUACACGUUUUUUCCAAGGAGGACUCCUUUGCAGCAUGAACUCCCCACCUGGUCAGACCAGCUGUGCACUGGCAGCCAUUUGAUUCCCAAAAUGGUGGUCAGGUAGACGUGUUUCUCAAAGUUUGUAAGUAUUUUAUGUAUAUGAAAGAUCUGAGGUUGCUUUUCUGAUAUUGCUGAAUUAACUCUUUGUUGCAUAAUUGAAGAACAAUUUGCUGGCAUGACUCCAUUGUGUUCAAGAUUGUAAUUCCUUGAAACAGACUUCUAAGUAGGGCUGAUCUGACUUUUCUCACCUUAAGUAGCAGUAUUGUAGGAGGGAGGGGAGCAACCACCCCCCAAGAAUAAAACCUCCCUUUUGUACUGUCUGUAGCUGUUGUUGCCUCUGGUUUGACACCAUUUUGCGUGCACACCUAACUAGGGGCUAAUGAAGCACAUUUAGACUGAGGGCAAGUACUUCUUACAAUGGUGAUAAUGGUUAUCCUAGUAGCCAGCUGGGGAUCAUGUUAGCAAUUGAGCAGUUCUGUGGUGGUCCCCCAAAAGGGUGCCUUUGACAUAGAUAAAAGAUUUGCAUUAAAUUCCUUUCCCCCUCCUCCUCCUCUUCAGUUCAGCCAUACUUCUAAGGAUUCUGAUUUGCUGGCCAUGUAGCCUAAUGGUGAUCGUGUAUGCAAGCAGCUUGAGCUUGUCUGUUGGUAUAGCUGGGUGCAUUGAGUACUGUAUGCACUUAGAUAUAUCACUAUUGAUAUGCAAUGCAUGACUUCCAUAGGCUGUUUUAAAACAGCAAGCAUUAAAGAAGAAUCACCUAUGUUCUGUCAAAAUACUUACUUCUGGUAAUUUGUUACCCUUAAAAAAAAAAACACAAACCUCAGCAUUGUAAAUCUAGGGGUGGCAGACUCAGGACUGAAAGCUAAAAUGGGACUUGAUAUUGUUCGGAAUACAUCCAAAGCCCUUCGUAUAAGAUACUUGAUCAUUUUUAUUUUAGUUCAUUUAUAACUUGUCUUUCUCCCCAGUGGAGACCCAAAGUGAUAUACAUAGUUCUCCUCCAUUUUUAUCCUAUCAGUAGUUUUUUCAGAGGACUGUUGCAGUAACACUUCUUAAAACAUAGGAUCUGCCAGAAAUGUGGAGUUAGCGUAUAACCCGGGGUCCACAAACGUUUUAAGCCUGUGGGCACUUUUGGAAUUCUGAUACAACAUGGUGGGCACAGCCACAAAAUGGCUACUGCAGGAGGUGAAGCUAGCUACCAAUUGGUUGCCCCAGCUUACCUUCAGUCACACAGUGAGGAACCUUGUGCCAUGGUGGCAGCUACUGCCAAAGCAAUAUUUUAAAAAAUCUGCACAACCAAUCAAAAGCCUUGCUGGGCAAAAGCCUCAACUGGCCCACCCACUCCCUAAAAGCACUUGACAGGGGCCAGAAGACUUGGUGGAUGCCAUAGCGCCCUCGGGCACCACGUUGGGGACCCCAGGCAUAUCCUGUCCAAUGGUGUUCAAUGUGUGCUCCUGCUUACCCACCAGUGAUUUUUGAACUGCCUUGGAGAAAGGUUCUUCUGUUGCAGAAUAAAAAAUAAACUUUGUGUUCUCUGGUGCUGAUCACUGCUUUAAUGUUAGCACACUGUACAGUAAAAAUGGAUUUGCAUGAUAAGUGAUGUUUUGUUGUUAUGGGGGGAAUACCCUUGCACAAAAAGCAGCAAAAACUAACAUUAAUUGGUGUUUGCGCUCUGAUAAUAACUCUUGGACAUUGUAAUCAAGUUUUGAAACUGUUAAUGUCCGUAAUUUCUUUAUUGUGCUAUGAAGAUUCUUGUCUGUGUAUUUUUUGAACACCAAAAAAUGAGGCAAACAGCAGACGUCUUGACAAACCGAAGGCUAAAGAUAUGAAUGUAUAGGAGGGAAUGUAUUGUCAAGCAAAAAUAGCGCUCUUUUUGUAUUAACGUUUUCAUGGUAUAAGUGCACAAUAAUAAAAUGUCUUAUCUACUGUUUAGGCUUAAGUGGUAUGGGAGUCAUAAUACACGGUGUGCAUUGAAACAGGAGAACUACCUGGUCAGUUAAAUAAAGUCGCA